AUGAAUAUCGACGACACUACAAUAUCGGAAGCGGAGAUGAAACGGCAAUUGGAAGAUAUGAAAGAAAGGGGCAAUAAAAUAACGAAUGAGUCUCUAGAUAGUACCAGGCGUAUAUUGGUGAUAGCAGAGGAGACACAUGGAAUUGGUACAAAAACCUUGGAGACGCUGAAUACGCAAGGGGAGCAAAUUGAUCGGAUCGAGCAGAACAUGGAGCAGAUCAAUGCCGAUAUGCAUGAAGCCGAGAAAAAUUUAACAAAUUUAGAAAAGUGUUGUGGAUUAUGUGUUUGUCCAUGGAAAAGGACCGAAAAUUUUGAAAAAAGCAAAGAUUUUAAGAGAGUUUGGGGACCACAAAAUGAUGAAGUUGUAAAUUAUCAACCAGUUUUACAAUCUACUCUGACUUAUCGCAACACCUCGCCUAACAAAUUUAUGUUACAAAAUGGUAAUUAUAUUCAGAGAGUUACGAACGAUAUACGUGAAGACGAAAUGGAUAGCAAUCUCAGACAAGUGGGUGGAUUAGUAAGCGAUUUAAAAUCAAUGGCCGUGGAUAUGGGUAAAGAACUAGACAAACAAAAUAAACAACUUUUCGCCAUGAGUGAGAAGGUGGACAUGACUAGUGAUCGAGUUGACGGUGCGAAUGUAAGGGCAAAACGAAUCUUACGUAAUCAAUAA